CUCCGCAUCGCGUCCGCCGCCUUUAUAGCCUCCUCUGCUGUCUGCACGGAGAGGCUGCUCAGCGCCCGUCUCUCUGGACUCGAUCGCCGUCGUUAAUUCCAGCACUCUUUGCCUCCUCUGACGUUAAAUGUCAAACUCUGAAGUAGCCCAAAAAUAAUUCAUGCAAGUAUAACGUUUCAUUUGUGUAUCCUUCAGCACGGGCUUGGCGGCUGCUGCGCUGCUCAUCCUUCACUUGCUGUCUUCGCUGAGACGCCUGUCUGUAUUUGGUGACCCAGAGGACAACAUGAAAGUAGCAGACAAGAUGAAAUCUGGAUACCCACUUAUCAGGGGCAAGCAGAAGGCCACCAAUUACUCCAGGUAAUCGUCUCACCGGUACCCCCUCCUCUGUUCCUCUCUGUAUCCGAACAGCACCAGAGUUCAAUGUUCAUUGAUGAUGUGAGGCAUGGCUGACCUCACGUGCAAUGGCAAUGGCAGCUUCUUCAACCAAAGUGAUAGGACACCUUUGAAUGGCAGCAGUAACACCAGGCCACACUUCUCAGACUACGACUGCCAGCCUUCCAUCUACAUUCUCUCUGUUUUGGUUGUGGCUUACAGUGUGGUGACCAUGGUGGGUCUCUUUGGAAACUUGUGCCUGGUCAUCAUCAUCAACCGGCAGAAGGAAACGCACAAUGUGACCAACAUUCUCAUUGCUAACCUCUCGCUGUCUGACGUGCUCAUCUGCCUGAUGUGCAUUCCUUUUACUGUGGUCUAUACGCUGAUGGACCACUGGAUCUUUGGAGAAACCAUGUGCAAAGUCAGCUCCUUCGUCCAGUGCUUGUCCGUGUCGGUGUCCAUCUUCUCUUUGGUCCUCAUUGCUGUUGAGCGAUACCAGCUGAUUGUUAACCCCAGGGGCUGGAAACCCAACAUAUCCCACGCCUACUGGGGCAUCGCCCUGAUUUGGCUUGUUUCAGCUGCUCUGUCCAUUCCAUUCCUCAUUUAUCACCACCUGACCGACGAGCCUUUUAAGAACCUCUCCACCCACUCGACCUUCUAUGGGGACAAAUACGCCUGCACAGACUCCUGGCCUUCAGAAGGGGACCGCUUGGGCUUCACCACCUGCUUGCUGGUCGUCCAGUACUUUGCUCCCUUGUGUUUCAUCUGCUUGUGCUACCUGAAAAUCUUUGUGUGCUUGAGGCGGAGAAGUGGCAUGGUGGACCGGCUGCGAGAGAACGAGACUAGAUUGAGUGAGAGCAAGCGCAUCAACAUGAUGCUUAUUUCCAUUGUAGUGGCCUUUGCGGUCUGCUGGCUUCCGCUCAACAUCUUCAACAUCAUUUUCGAUUGGAACCAUGAGGCCCUCCUCAACUGCCACCACAACUUGGUCUUCACCCUCUGUCACCUGGUGGCUAUGGUAUCCACCUGCAUCAACCCAAUCUUUUACGGCUUCCUCAAUAAAAACUUUCAGAAGGACCUCAACAUGAUGGUGCACAACUGCAAGUGUAGCUCUGAGCAGGAGGAGUAUGAGAACAUCGGCAUGUCCACCAUGCAGACCGACAUAUCCAAGGGAUCCUUGAAACUAAACAAUGGGCCUAUGAACACCUAAAGGAUUUGGUUUGUUCAUUAUUUUGGUUGAGUAACUUUUUGUGGAUCAUGUUUUCUCACUGUCUUUGAAGAUGUACAAAUGAUUCAUCUGAAAAGAGUACAACUUCUUGCCAGUGUAGCAAGUGGAUCAGCGCCUCGAUUUCUAUAGACACUCAUUACUGAGCAAACCUUAAGCUGCUUCAAUCAUUU